UCUUUCUUUGGACCUAUCUAAAAGGAAAUUCCCAUUUCCUUGUAGAAUUUUCCAUCAAAAUAUCAUUGUCCGACCCAUGAUAAUUAAACUCGUAUUAUUUUAUUUUAUUUUUCGAGUUGAUUGAUCUCGUAUAAAUACUGUACAUACCCAAGUCCCAGACAAUCUCUCUCCUUCAGUUUCCAAUUUCCCCAGCUUCCACACACGUAUCCGUGCAUGGGAUUUACAAGUACUGGUAUAUGUUCAUUGUCCUAUAAUCAUACAUCUGAAUCUACCACAAUCAAUCACACACAAAUACACAUUUAUAUAUAUUUAUGUAUGUGAUGUAAUCACAAGUUAUUCGUCUCUGCAAAAUCAUGAACUCUCUCUUUUCAUUCAUCACCACUCUCUACGCUCUCGCACUCCUCUACUUCCCCUUCAUCUUCUCCCGCUUCCUUCUCUCUCCCGUCGCACUCUCCACUUUGAUUCUAUUGCUCUACCUUCUCCGGCUAGGCGCCGCGCAAAGAUCUACGGCCAACCGAACCGACUCCGAUUCCGUCGAAUCAGAUUCUACGCAUCAAAUUGAAGAGUUAUGUGACGAAUCUAAGGAACCCGACCCGAAGCAGGAUCCGCGCCAUUUCUACGCGGACUCCUUCGUGGAGUGGGACGUCCGAGCGCCGCUGGAGGUUAUAUACGAGGAAUACGAAGGAGAAGACGCCGCCGCGGAAAACGAUAACAAUUCCGAGGAGAAGCAGAUGAAUCCCAUCCGCCGAUACGCGUCGCUUUCGCUGUUUUACCCGGAGUCCGACAGCGACGCUUCGUCGGAGGAGGAUUUCCCGACCGACGGCAGGUGGGGAUCGCCGGAGAGAGCGUGCUUCCGGUGGGAGGAGGAGGACGAUAGGGAGGGGUUGAUAGAGAUCGCGUUGGAUGAGAAGAGGGGCUGCGAGGUUGAGGAAGAUAAUCUGAUCGAGAUCGACCUCUCGCCGGAGAGAUGACGUGGCAUUCACUUACACUUAAUCGAUAAUUUUUGGUAAAUUGUGAUUAAUUAAAAGGAGAGACGUUUUCUGGGGUUCUGGGUUUUAGAAUGUAGAGGUUUUACCGUUGUAUUACAUCAAGGAUUAACGCGUGGUUAAUCGCUAAACCCGAAGGUUUACUAAUGAUGGGCUGCUUUCUGUAAUUACCGGUGUACCCUCGCUGCCUCGCAGUCCCAAGUUUUCCUAUGUUUACUCUUGUCCAAUUUUCUUUGUUGCAUUAAACAAAUAGUUGUAGUACUUUUUUUUCCCCUAACUCUUUCUUGGAUUUGUUUGUGAAUUCAUUAAUGGUACUAUCAGUGAAUGAAUCAUUUUCA